AUGCUCUUCUUUUCUUGCAGCCUGCAUGAAAUUAUCUGCAUUGCAGUUGCUGAAAAACAGCCCUUCCAUUUUAAAAAGGCUCCAGUUAAUGGGGCUAUUGACAGGGAGGUUUUCUUUGAGACCUGUUAUGCAGCAGCCAUUAGAGACACCACUAUGAGGAGAUACACCAUUGCCAAUGCCAUCAGCCUUAUGGAAGUCUGUAAAGGAAAAAAUAUCAUAGUGUCCAGUGGAGCAGAAAGGACUCUUGAAUUGAGGGGUCCAUAUGACAUUGACAAUUUAGGGUUUGUGUUCAGCCUGUCUGAGGGUGAUGCCAAAGCUGCUAUUUCUACUAAUUGUCGAGCUGUCUUGCUUCAUGGAGAGACGAGAGCCACUGCAUCUGGUGUUGUUUACACCAUGAAGAAAACAAAAACUCCCCAGAAACAAGAAGAAUCUCCAGUAUCUAAAAAGGCCAAAACUGAAUUAUCAUAG